UCUGUCAGUGAGAAGAGAAAAAGCAAAAUUAGAAAAGUUGGCUAGAUUAAAGAUUUCAUAACAAAGUGUUUCAAAAUAAAAAGUCUACUCUCUUUUCCUGCUGACCUCAUCCGUCACCGUCAGUGCUUUCCCUGAGCUCACUGUGCUCUGGCUGUGCAGGGCUUCUAGUGAGUUCCCCACGCGCAGCCCUGCCUCGGGCCUCUGCUUGCUGUUGUGUCUGCCUGGGGAGUGUUCUUGGGCAUUUCAGCCUCUCACACGGUCACCCCUUCUGUGCAUAAUCACUACCUCGCCAGCUGUGUCCUGACCCGCAGAUCUCAUGGGGGCCCCUCCCCCACCCCCUCACUUGUCUCAUCAUCCUGGUUAUAACUCUCUAUGCCAGUGGUUCUCAUCCAGCGAUGGUGUCGUCCCCGGAGACACUGGUCAGCGUCUGGAGAGAUUUUUGGUUGUCACAGGUGGGAUGGAGGUGGGACAGGCACCUAGUGGGUGGAGACCUGGAAUGCUGCCAACACAUCCUUACAAUGCCCAGGACAGUUUCCUCCCUGUCUUCCCAACAAAGAAUUAUCUUGACCUAAAUAAUCAUGCCCAUGAACCCAAGUAAUUAUGCCAGAUUGAGAAACCUUGUUUCAGAGAGUCUAGGAAUACUUCAUCAACGGACAUUGAGAGACACUCUGACAUAAUCGUUUCCUGCCUUCUGAUUGUUUUUGAUGGCAAGUCUGGAUUUAGUGCUGAAUGUUAAUAUACUUUCUUCAUUCCCCCCACGCUCCAAUUGUUGGUACUUUUCCCUUUAAAACGGAGUAGCCUUGAGUUUAUAGCCCUGAGUAGGGAGCAUGAGGUCACUGGGACUUAACAUCAUUUUGAUUUCAUUGCUGAGUUUUCGUGGUGACCUGCUACCAAAGGAAGUGACUCUAGGUUUCCCAUUUACCAGAGUGAUGCAAGAUUCUUUCUUUGAAGAAAGUAAGAAAAAUCAAACAUGAGUCAUGUUAAAAAGCAGUUCAUAAUCAUCAGCACAGAUGCCCUGAGCACUGACCAAGCAGGACUGUUCGGGCCUAUUCGUGCUCCACUCGUUUAAAUUCCCACAGCAUUCCCCCUCUAUUAAUUUGUACUUAAAAGAUUUUAAUUUAUAGAGGUGACUUAGUGACAGACGACACAGGGAGGUGCUAUUGUAUAUUUUACAUAUCUAUAUGUGUGUAUUUUUGUGUAUAUAUACGCAUGCAUACACUUGUACACACGUGCCCGUGUGUGUUGUAGUUGUGUGUAAAAGAAAAACUUUUUCCUCUACUCAGCAACUUCUGAUACUAAAAUUUUGUUUUCACACCAUGCAGUUCUGACACUGACUACCUGGAGUUAGCACAGAUCCCACAGGUUAAGGGCUCAGUCUCCUAGGGCAGCCCCUUGCCCUCCCACCCAUCCACUUCAGAUGCCAGUCCCAAGUCCAGGUUGUCACCUGUCCUGAUCAACUGGUUGUAAAUCAGAGAUAGGACCCCUUCCUCAGAGUUGAUAAUUUGCUAGGGUGGCUCACAGAACUUAGGAAAGCACCUUACUUAAUAUUACCUGUUUUAAAUUCAGAAACCACUAAAUGGAAGAGAUGCAAACAAGGUACGUAGGAAAGGACACUGAGCUUCCAUGCCCUCUAGGCUUGCCACCCUUCUAGCACCUCGUUGUGUUAACCAACCUGGAAACUCACUGAACGACUUUAGUUAGGGAUUUUGUGAAAGCUUCAUUACAUAGCCAUAAUUGAUGAAAUCACUGGCCGUUGGUGACUGGACUCAAUCUCCAGCCCUUCUUGCCUCCACAGAGGUUAAGGGAUGGAACCAAGUGUUCCAGUGUUAUAUUCACAGGAUUCGUUACCCUUACCCUUCCUCCUUAGAAGUUUUUUAAAAGUCACCUCCGGAACAUAAUAGAAUUCCUAAUAGAAAGCAAAAAAGGUCCUGUGUCUAAUUUCUGUCUUAGGAGAGGCAAUCUGUGGACAUUUGCUGGGGUGAAGGUUUUAACAUCAGGGGGUGGAGUCGUCUUCAUUGUUGAGGUGCUGGUCUGGGACGAUGUUGUCUGGGUGUGUGACUGGGGUAUCCUUUGCAAAUGAGUGCCCACUCAGGUUGAUGGGGUUUUUGCCAUGCUUGGUUGAAACAGUGGUAUUAGUGUGGGGUGUAAGUAGGCCAAGAGGCCUUUUAUUAAGGCAAGAUAGAGACCCAUUUAGGGGUUUAUUUGUCACACUGGAAUUUAAAAGGAGUAGUUUCAAGUGACCAUUAUGUCUUUUACUUAAACCAGCGACUUGGGGCAUGUCUGGGCCAUGAAAGCUCUGUUGAAUGUCUCUUCCCAGAGCGUACGUAGCAUUGCGUCAUUUGAGAAGUGAAAUGUGUGUCUAUUACCAGGAUUGCCUGCAACUCUGAAGGGAAUAAGGAAUGUCCUGGCAGAGCUUUGUGUUGUGGCUGUAUGUGCAGAGAUGUGUGAUUUGACUUCUCUUAGGAGUGUCUGUGAGACAAGAGGUUCUGAAGAGUUCUUUACCGCAAAGCAGACCAUUUUUAGGCAAUGGCCCAGCACUUUAUUAUGAAUGUGGAGAUGGGGCCAUUUGUUAAUCGGGGCAUUUGGUGCUAAGAUACCCCCCCCCCGAAGUUUGGCCAAGUAAUGUUUCUUAGGUCCCAUUUUUCAUUUAGAACAUUCUGGCUCAGGAAUAGAAAGCAGCAACAUUCCACUGAACUCCAUCGUGUAUGAUGGAUAGCAGUGUCUUUCUAAUCGUCCACAAACUCCCAUAACUGUUCACUCUGUUAAUCUCAAGGGACUUUCCAGGUAGCCAGAGGGUCUGGGGGAGGGCUGGCCUCCUCCGGCACCGUAGCAUCUGGCAUGCGACUGAGGACAGGAGAAGCUACCACCUCCUACAAGUGGAGUUAGGCCAGAGGGCCCAGAUGGGGUUCCAUUCUGUCUUACAGAGUCCUCAGGAGCUGUGCUGAGCUUGUGCUGUUAACAGUAUUUUGAAUAGAUCUUAGAGUCUUUGUUGGAGGGAAUCCUUUGUUGGGCUGGUUUGUAACUAACAGCAGUAGUGAGAUUAAAUAAAAUUUAUAAAUGAGGAAUGCAGUCACCAGCCCCCAAAUAAUACUAAGUAGUAGUAUUAGCUGAAACUGUCCCCACAAUGGGACUAAAAGACUGGAUUUAUGUAUCCAUAUGAAUGUGUCGAAUGAAUUUCCUUGGACGAGGCUGUCGUCAAUGUACCGUCAUACCUGUGCUACUGGAGAAAGGUGGGUGCAGUUAAGCUCUUGUGUGCAGAGACUGUUUGCAGCAGCCGAGCUGUGGAGCCAGCCUCAUAGGCAGCCUGGGAAAGAAGAAGUGUUUACCUUCAGAAUAAAGGCAGGCUGGCAGAGAAGCCGUUGAAACAGGCCCUGAACAGAACACGGUCCACCAGAUCUGUAAGCCCAAGAUCGUCGCCCGGUUGUUGAUUCGAUAACGUUAUUAAUUUAUUUAUAUUGGAUAUUGGGUGUGUGGAUUGUGUGGAUCAGCCCUGGCUGCCAGACUGUGUGGCUUAAACAACAGCUUUAUUUUCAUGGCAUUUGGAGGCUGGAAGUCCCAGACCUGAGGUGCCGGCAGACGGGUUUCUGAUGAUGAGCUCUUCCUGGCUGCUGCCUUCGUGCUGUGUCCUCACGUGGCCCUGCCUCUGGCUCGGAAAGGCCCCUUCAUCCUCCUCUUUAAGGACACCGGUCCUCCCAGAUUGGGGCCACAUCCCCGCGACCUCAUUUAACCUUAAUUACCUCCUUACAGGCCCUAUCUUCAGAUGUGAUCACAUUGGGAAUUUGGGCUAAGUAAUGACAUUUAGGGGCAGACACACUCGGUCCUUAGCAGGAACCCUAAUGGAUGGACCACCGCAUUAAGAUUGUAGUAACCCACCAGGAGGAGCCCUUUAUUUUUCCCAGGGUUAAGAACAGAUACAACUGGACUGUCAAAUGGAGAGGCAGUAGGACAGUCAUUCCUUUAUUGAUUAGCUGUUAUAUGAAGUUUUACUCCCUGGAGGCCCUUUUCCAGCUUCCAUUGGGCCAUGUUCACUUUCUUAACUGGUGUUUGUGGGUCCCAUUUUACCAAGUUAAUUUGUGAGCAUCCAUGCCCAAAAUGGGACAUUUUAGGACAAUGGAUACUAUGAAUAGGGGAAAUAUAGGCAAGUCUACAGUUAAAGUAAGACAUACGUAUUUUUCCUCUCUAUUUCGCUGCUUUUUAAGUUUGGGCAGAGUAAUAUUUAAAUUUAGUGUGAUUUCCAGGUAUCAUUAUGAUUUGAGCCCUAGUAUUAAUUAAAUGUAUGAAGUUUUGUCAUUUGCUGCAUUUUAGCAAAUUCUAAAGUUAACUCAGACCUAUAUUGUAGAGUCAGAAAAACCAAUCAGUGCCGUGUUACGUUUUGGUGAUAAAAUUUUUUUGGAGCAUAAAUUUUGUUAUGCUGUGCAUAAUUAUUAUAUAUGACUUACUAUAUAAGUUUUUAGUAUAUAAAUUUUGCAUUUCCAAUUGGGUCAAAUUAUAGACUGUGAUUUAGUUAUAUACCGUGUCUUAUUUAGUUAUCUUUUAUUUUCUCCCUCUGUAUCUAGGGGUUUGUUACUAUUUUAAAUCAAUAAAUAGUUUGGAAUGAGUUAUGUUUUCUAGACCUGGUAUUUGCUUGGUACAUGAGUUUUAAAGCGCACCCCCCUCCUUUUUCUCUUGGGCUUUCAGCUUCCCAAAGCCCCAUAGAGCUGAAGGGGAGUCUUCCUCCCCUUUCCACUGCCCCAUUACUGGGCCCUGUGCUGAGCGUGUAGCAGAUACGAGCGGGAUUUGCUUAGUGACAACUGAUAAUCUUGGGGUGUUGUUCAGGAUCUGCCAGAGCAGCCUUCUGUGGGUCCUGGUGCCUCUGCCCUUGACUUCUCGAUAGAGUCCUGUGUCUUUUUACCCUGCAUCUGUGUUUGGCUACAUAUGACAGAGCAGAUCAGUCUUCACCCUGAAGGAAAUUUAUUAUCUCACGUAAUAAGAAGCUCAGAGGUGGGACUGACUCCCAGGUGGGUGGGUGAUAACCCAGCUGUGUGUUUCUUUACUUCCUCUCUGUGGUCUAGGUCUUUUAGGCAGGCUCCCUCACAAAAGUCCCGGGAUGCCGCCAGACAACAGGAGCAGCAGAUCCCCUCAUUCAGCCAUCCUGGAAUAGAGCUUUCUAAAGUUGCGUACCUCUAACUAUUGGUGAUUGAGGAAUGCCACUUGCAGGUUGGUAGAGACUGGUUUUUCAACCUUCCUUUGAUGCCGGAAUCAUCUGGAGAGGUUUUAAAAUCUACGGAUAUCCAGGCCUCACCUACAGAGAUUUCGUUUCCAUUGGAUGUGAACCCGACAUCCCAGGAGGUGUUGAUGCACGCACGGUUGAGACUCACUUGGAUUGAUUAGGAAACACUUUCUGGAAGGAGGGGGUCAUAUUCCCUGGGAUUCUGUGUGCUGGAAGCCAAAGGGAAUAGGUGCUGUCUACACGGCCAGCACUACUGUCUAAAGUCUUUAGAUCCCAGCAGUGGUGUUUGUGCCUGUUUCCAGGUGACAGGGUGUCCUGUUCCUAGACCUGAGCUGAUCUACCAGCUGGAGCACGGGCAGGAGCUAUGGAUGGUGAAGAGAGACCUGUCUCAAAGCGCCUAUCCAGGUGACAAGGGAAAACCCAAGACUACAGAACUUUCCCCUUGUGCACCAGCCCUGUCUGAGGGGGCCUUGUUCCAGGAACUAGGACAGGGAGACCCAGGGAAUUUCCAGCUGGGCCAAACCAAGGAUCAGAGUGGGCCAUUAGAACUGCAGGAAGGACACUUGAGACCAGGGUUGGAACCUCAGAGGGAGAAGCUCUCUGAGAAAACAAGCCCUGAACAUAAUGGUUUAGGGACAGCUGAUGGUAUAUGUUCGCAGGUUGCACAGGAGCUGAUCCAUUCAGGAGGUGCUGCCCGUGACCAUGACUCGUGUGGAUCAGGUAAAGAUCCCAUGAUUCAGGAAGAGGAAAAUACCUUUAAGUGCAACGAAUGCGGGAAAACUUUUAACAAGAAGCACCUUCUUGCUGGACAUGAAAAGAUUCACUCUGGAGUGAAGCCCUAUGAAUGCACCGAGUGUGGGAAAACCUUUAUUAAGAGCACACACCUCCUCCAGCACCACAUGAUCCACACGGGGGAGAGGCCCUACGAGUGCAUGGAGUGUGGGAAGGCCUUCAACCGCAAGUCAUACCUUACACAGCACCAGCGGAUUCACAGUGGAGAGAAGCCUUAUAAGUGCAACGAAUGUGGGAAGGCCUUCACGCACCGCUCCAAUUUCGUCUUGCAUAAGAGGAGGCACACUGGAGAGAAAUCCUUUGUGUGCAAAGAAUGUGGGCAAGUCUUUCGACACAGGCCAGGAUUCCUUCGACAUCACAUCAUCCACAGUGGCGAGAAUCCCUAUGAAUGCUUCGAGUGUGGCAAGGUCUUCAAACACAAGUCAUACCUCGUGUGGCACCAGCAGACUCACACUGGGGAGAAGCCCUUCGAGUGCAGUGAGUGUGGGAAAGCCUUCUGUGAGAGUGCAGCCCUCAUUCACCACUACGUCAUCCACACUGGGGAGAAGCCCUUUGAGUGCCUAGAGUGUGGGAAGGCCUUCAACCACAGGUCAUACCUCAAGAGGCACCAGAGAAUUCACACUGGGGAGAAGCCUUUUGUGUGCACUGAAUGUGGACGGGCCUUCACCCACUGCUCUACUUUCAUCUUGCAUAAAAGGGCCCACACUGGAGAAAAACCUUUUGAGUGCAAAGAAUGUGGGAAAGCCUUUAGCACUAGGAAAGACCUCAUUCGACACUUCAGCAUCCACACUGGGGAGAAGCCCUUUGAGUGCUCAGAGUGUGGGAAGGCCUUCAACCGUCGGUCAGGGCUCACGAGGCACCAGCGGAUUCACAGUGGAGAGAAGCCCUAUGAAUGCAUGGAGUGUGGGAAAUCCUUUUGCUGGAGCACAAACCUCAUUCGACAUGCUAUUAUCCACACUGGAGAGAAGCCCUAUAAGUGUAGUGAGUGUGGAAAAGCCUUCAGUCGCAGCUCAUCCCUCACUCAGCAUCAGAGGAUUCAUACUGGGAGAAACCCUGUCAGUGUAACAGAAGUGGGAAGACCCUUCACGAGUGGGCAGUCCUCAGUCACCCUCCGAGAACUCCUUUUGGGGAAAGACUUCUUGAAUGUAACCACUGAAGAAAACCUUUUGCCAGAUAAAACAUCUACCGUGGCAUCUGAUCGGACACACCAAAGAGAAACCCCCCAAGUAUCUACGCUGUGAGAAAAUCUUCCAUCCCAGACCAUCAGUAGUCACGUAGAGACACAUUUUAGAGAUUGACUGAGCCCAGAGCCUUAUUCUGCAUCUGAGAAUUCAUCUGUGAGGGGGAGAGCAGCGUUUACUGUGCAUGAAGUAGAACGCAGCUACAUGUUUCUCCUUAGUUUACACUGCAAUGUUAUCUCAGGAAUUUUUAUAAAAAGAAGUUGGAGAUGUAGAAGAGCAAAUGAAAUGAAAAACUUUUGAGACUUCUCUGUCCAGCUUACAGCACUUUGUCAUGGAUUCCUUAGUUUACUUGGGGCCAGGGAGAUGUUUCAGAGGCAGUGGGCCUUGACCCUGUAUGUGUCAUGUAUAUACAUUCAUUGCUGUCCAAUGUCAGGAGGGUUAGACAGUUGAGGACAGGUUAUUAAAGUGAUAAAUAUACACGUAAGAACACAUUUUAUUGUACCAGUUAAGACUCUAAAGCUUACAUUUUUAGAAAACUGUUCUUUAUUUGGUUUUAAACACCAAACAGACUUUUUCAGACUUGUUCUUGAUCCGGUCUAUUUACUUAAUUUCUGUAGCUAUAUGGUAAACCUCAAAAUUGGGUAAAGUGAUUCCUCUGUAUUCUUAUUUAAAUUGAUUUAGCUUUCCUAAUUCUUUUGACAUUUCAUAUAAAUCUUAGGAUGCAAAGAAAUCUUGCUUGCAUUUUUAUAGGAAUUGGUUGAAAUCUGUAGAUCUGUUUGUUGAAAAGCAGCAUCAUGAACACCAUACAUGGUAUGCCAAGUCAGUUAUUUAAGUAAUUCUUGAUAUUUCACUACUGUUUUAUAAUUUUCAACCUAACAGGUUCUGUACAUUUUUGUUAAGAGUUGUAUCUAGGGUUUUGGGGGUUUUUUUUUGGAAUGAUCAUAAAUGGCAUUGAUUUUUACAGUUUCAUUUUUCCAUAUGAUCUUUAGUAGUAUGCAGAAAGAUAAUUGUUUUUGGAGUGAUAUUUUGGUAUCCUGCAACCAUGGUGAACUCACAUUAUUUGUAGACAUUUCUUUGGGUAAAAUCUCAGGCUUUUCUGCAAAGACCUGUCUGCUGCAUAUAGAGUUUUUUUUCUUCUUUCCCAUCUGUAUAUCUGUUACUUUAUCUCACUGCACUAGUUAGACUUCCAACUUGAUGUUGAAUAGUAGUAAGAAAGGAUGCCCUUGACUGAUUCCUCAUAUUAGGAGGAAAAUGUUCAGGUUUUCAUCGUGUGAUUUUAGCUGAAGGUUUUUUGUUUUUUAAGUUUUCUUAUCAAGUUUAGAAAUUUUCCAUCUAUUCUUAAUUUGCUGAGGUUUUUUUUGUUAUGAAUGAGUGUUAGAGUUUUUCAAAUGCUUUGCCUCCAUCAGUUGAUGUUAUCAUCUGAUUUUUUUUCCAUAGCCUGUUGAUAUAAUGUAUUACAUUGACUAGUUUUGAAUAUUGAACCAGCCUGGCAUCCUUGGAAUAAAUCCCAUUUGGUUGCAGAGCAUGAAUUUUUUAUAUAUAUAUAAUAUAUAUUAAAACAUUCCAUUUGAUUGUAUUUUGUUGAGGUUUUCCUCUAAUUUCUUGAAUUCAGAAUAAUUUUGAUGUUGGAUAUAUUGGAUAGUUUGAAGUUUGUCCUUUUCAAGGAAUUGUUCAUUUCAUCUAAAUUUUCUAAUUAGUUUAUAGACUUGUUUAUUUCCUUAUUACUAUUUUAAUGGGAGCAGAAUCUGUACUUCUAUCUCAUUUGAUUCCUGAUUUUGGAAAUAUGUCCACUCUCUUUCUAUCUUUGUCCAUCUUCUUAGGCAUUUAUCAAUUCUGAUCAUAUUGGAAAAUCAGUACUUUAUUUCACUGAUUUUUCUCUUCAUAAUUUCACUAAUUUCCGUUCUGAUCUUUAUAUCUUCUACUUUGGUUGUAUUUUGCUCUUUUUUCUUUUCUAAUGUAAGCAUUUAGUACUAUAAAGUUUUCUCACAGCACUGUGACAGCCUCAUCCCGUAAGUUCUCAUUACAGUUUAUUCAGCUCUAAUGUUUCUCAAUUUCUUUAUAGAGACUUUAAUGGGUUCAUGGAUUAUGAUUUAGUUUUCUAGUGUUUGGAGUACUUUUGUUAUCUUUUGUUACUGAUUUCUAGUUUGGUCUGUUUAAAUUUGUUGAAGUGUUUAUGACCCAAGAUACGGUCUAUUUUAUUGGAUGUUCUAAAAGGCCUCCUGAAAAGAAUGUUGUUCUGCUGUCAUUGGGUGGAGUUUCUAUAAAUGUCCGCACAGUCCUCUUGGUUGGUAGUAGUAUUCAAAUUUUCUAUAUCCUUACUGACUUUCUGUUUAGUAUUUCUGUCAAUUCCAGAGAGAGAGAGAUGAUGAAGUCCUGAUGUAGAACUGUCCUGAAGUAUAACAGUCUGUUCAUCUUUUAAAUUCUGUCGUUUUCUGGGGUGCCUUGGUGGCUCAGUUGGUUAAGCAUCUGCCUUCAGCUCAGGUCGUGAUCCCAGGGUCCUGGGAUGGAGCCCCACAUUGGGCUCUCUGCUCAGCAGGGAGCCUGCUUGUCCCUCUCCCUCUUCCCUGUGCCUGCCACUCUAUUUGUGUGCUCUCUUGCUCUCUCAAAUAAAUAAAUAAAAUCUUAAAAAAAAAUA